AGUGAUGCAGUUACGAUGGUCAUUGCGUAAUUUAUAUUAAAUUGCUUAGCGAAGUUCUAAAAAAAUGGCAACCGAUAGGCUAGAAGAAAAAGUAUAUUUUAGACAUCCUUUUGUCAAUAAGAGUGAAAUCGUUGUAAACACAGAUUCCAUGGAGUCAGUGAGAUUUCGGGGCUUUACAAAAGACCUAUUCCGAAAUUUCAAUUACAACAAGAUCAGCUGUAUUUGUUAGAGGUCACUGUUCAUCACUCUUAUCUAAAUUCAAACCAAGGCUUGGGUUAUAGAACCAUGUGCUGUUAUUUUAUUAUGGCCCUGAGAAAUAGCCCACUAAGAGUCACACUGUCUUGUCAAUGAUUCACCAAAUAAUUUACCAAAACUAUGGGAAUUGUACUUAAAUGGGGAUUUAUUCAUAUAUUUCCACAUUCUUUAGAGUUUUCAGUCAUUUAUCUUGAUUUAUUUAUUUAAAUUCAAAAGCAACCAAUUGGAAUAGCCGGAAGGGGGGUCUAAGUGCCUGAAGCGAGUUCUCUAGACCUGUCAAUCUCGCCGGUGCUAUCCAAUCAACGAGAGCCGUACACCCGACUUCCUUGCAUUUGGGGAAAAGACGUGGACGAUGUACGCAGCACAGGGUAAACACUCGUGUGUCCUCGAGCUCUGAGGGAGGGACGGAGCUAACUGUCAGCGAGAGAGAGAGAAAGAGAGGGAGGGAGAGUGAGCGAGGGAGAGGAGAGAGAACAAGCGAAUGAGAAAGAAGGCAUGCAACACUGCUUUGCACUGUAAUACUGGAUUGUACUUCAACUGGAGCGGUUUGGCAGGUUUAAACACAUCAAAACAGAACAAAGAGACAGACUUUACAGCACCAUAAAAGAAUCUGCAAAAGAAAAGAAAUAAAGGGACGGAGCAAGUGAAAUCGCUGCGGCUAAAUAACAAAAGAAUUGAGGAAGAACCACGUUUAAUAUUUUUCCACUCGGUAACGGAACAUACGUUUGGACUUAUUAUUUUUAAGGGCAUAUUACAAGUUCUUCAAGCGCCAGAAGUUUCUUGCGGGACAAAGUUUUGAAACAAUUUUUUUUUUGUUUUUUUAUUUUUCUUUGUUUUCAGACUUUUCAUUUAAAAAAGAAAAUAUAGAUCGAAGGACUGUUUGACUUUCGGAGGGGUUUUCAACGCUUGACAUAAAAGUGGAAUUUAUCGUUUCAGUCAUUCAUAUGUUCGAAAUAUAUGAAUGCACAAAUUAUUCAAGAGACGGAUUUCGUCCUCUCGCCUACAAUAUCUUUCUCUUUGCUUUUUGUUGAUGGUGUUUGCCAAAACACAAGCCAGACUUUUAAAGUUUGAAUAAUUCAUGAGAUAUAAUUUGCCUGCAUUAAAAAAGUUUCUGCAAAAGGGAGGGGGUGAUCAGCAAACAUAUUCAUAAGGUUAGCGGAAUGGCCACAGCGGCUUCCAACCCUUAUCUACCCAGCAGUAGUAUAUUAUCGUCCGGCUCGAUCGUGCACUCGGACUCCGGAGGUGGGAUGCAGCAGGGUAGUGCUGCGGUAACCUCAGUGUCCGGUGGGUACAGAGGAGACCCAGCGGUUAAAAUGGUACAAAGCGAUUUCAUGCAGGGCGCAAUGGCAGCGAGCAACGGGGGACAUAUGCUGAGCCACGCUCACCAGUGGGUGACGUCCUUGCCUCACGCUGCAGCGGCGGCUGCAGCUGCCGCAGUGGCCGCAGCUGAAGCCGGAUCGCCUUGGUCGUCUAGUCCCGUUGGAAUGACAGGCAGCCCGCAGCAGCAGCAGGACGUGAAAAAUAACUCGGGGAGAGACGAUUUGCACUCUGGGACUGCGCUGCAUCACAGGCCCCCACAUUUAGGUCCCCACCAGACUCACGCGGGUGCCUGGGGUAGCACAACCGCUGCCCACAUCCCUUCUCUAACUGGGAGCCAGCAGCAGCAGCAGUCCCUCAUAUACUCGCAGCCUGGAGGCUUCACGGUGAACGGCAUGCUCAGUCCGCCGGGCAGCCAAAGCCUAGUACACCCGGGUCUGGUGCGUGGCGACACCCCGGAGCUCGAUCACAGCAGCCACCACCACCACCAUCACCACCAGCAUCAACACCACCAGCAAGCACACCACGGAGUGAACAGCCACGACCCGCACUCCGACGAGGACACGCCGACGUCGGACGACUUAGAGCACUUUGCCAAGCAGUUCAAACAGCGCCGGAUCAAACUGGGCUUCACGCAGGCGGACGUGGGCUUGGCGUUGGGCACCCUGUACGGGAACGUCUUCUCGCAGACCACAAUCUGUCGCUUCGAAGCGCUCCAGCUCAGCUUUAAGAACAUGUGCAAGCUGAAGCCGCUGCUUAACAAAUGGCUGGAGGAAGCAGACUCUUCCACGGGCAGCCCCACCAGCAUCGACAAGAUAGCGGCUCAGGGCAGAAAGCGCAAGAAGCGCACCUCCAUCGAAGUGAGCGUCAAAGGUGCGUUGGAGAGUCACUUCUUGAAAUGUCCCAAGCCUUCGGCCCAAGAGAUAACCAGUCUGGCGGACAACCUGCAGCUGGAGAAGGAGGUGGUGAGAGUUUGGUUUUGCAAUCGGAGACAGAAAGAGAAAAGGAUGACGCCCCCAGGAGUGCCGCAGACGCCGGAGGAUGUAUAUUCUCAGGUCGGCAAUGGACAUUUUUUAGUAGAUUACUUAAAAGAUGCAAGUUUAACUGGGCCGAGCGAACCGGGCGACCAGAGGGUGACAACUACAAGUUCGUUCCACCAGGUAAUAUUGGCGCAUUAACUUCAACUGAAAAAUAACAGAAAUUAGCAAUGAACAACAAAAUCUUUGCCCCCCUACCCUGUUAUACCAAUGUCUUGUUUGAGAGGCAAAAGACGCAGGCAAUUGUGUGUGUUGUUAUGGGACAUUAAACCUCAAACAAAGGGAUGAAAUUCAACUGAAACAAUGCGAAGAACAGUGGCAUCCACGAAGCUUCCAUCCAACUUGGCAGAGAAGACUGCAUGGUUUGAUAUUAUCCAAAAAUAUGGAAUGGAUUUUUUUUUCUUCUGGCCUUCCAAUCCUUACAAAAACAACAAAAGACUGCCCUCAGUUUCUGAUCUCUGAGAUCACAUCUUUUGAAUUUUUUUUAAUGUAAAGAACUGAAUCUUAUGUGGAUUUUUGAGGACAAAUUUAAAUCAAAGAUGACUUUUGAAAAGACUGAAUAUUCCGCAGCUGCACCUCUUUGAAAAUCUUCUGUGCGAACAUCCGUUGCCAAGUGGGCCAGAGCUGGUGCUGUGGAUGUUUUCAUGUGCUGCCAUUUCCAAGCAGUAUUCUUUGGUAGGUUUUAAUAAACAAGACUAUGUAAAGCCGGCAAUAUAGAUUCAUUAGAUCAGAUGCUGAUCGGAAUUAUUUACUUAAUAUUUUUCAUUAAAAUGCUUUGUUUUAAUAUUUUAUUCGGGAUACAUACGAACUAUUCCAAACAGUUAUUUAUUUCCCCCCAGACUUGUGUAAAAUGUUUUUUCCCUGUUUUUGUUGUUGACCUUAUUUGUUUUAAUUUUGUAUUCUCAUUUUUAAAAGAGCACAAAUCUACACGAGCUGACUUUGACAGUAGGUAAUAAGGGUAUAUUUUGAUGUGAUGAUUUGAUUGUAAUUUAAUUUCAGUAGUGAUUCCGUAAGAGAUGAUCGAGAACAAUAAAUUUGUUAGAAUGAA